CAUGAGGCUUUCAUUCACAGCAUAGUUACUGAUAAGUUUAAUAAAUAGUCAAAACACUUAUUCAAAUAGGUCCUGCCUAAAUUACAUACAUAGCAUAAGUUAUAAGUUCAGUCUACUCUCAUUUUGAUAGUACAUCAGCACAUACUCCUUCCUCUUGUUUAUUAAGUGAAAGAAACAAUUUCAUUCUAAUAGCAUCUUCACAUGUAUUGUUUGCCUUUACAUGUCUUUUUUGUUUGUAGUGUUUGUAGCUAAGAAACCAGCAAGUCAUUUGUUUCUUGGAAUCGAUUAAUGAUUUCUACAGAAUGGUUUGAUACUACAUUUUGUAAUUCAUUUCUUUGAAAUAGGAUCAAAUAGUUCUUGCUCAUCUGAAGACUAUCUCUGAAGUAUGCUUAUAUUAUUGCUUUAGUUUACUGUUUCUCACUUUUUUGUCGUGUCUGCCUGAGAAAAUUUCUUGAACACAGAUCGGCGCGAGUAAAAGAGAAAUUUUUGUUGUUCCACAACAUUCUUUAUCCUUCCUUGUUGUUAGAUCACACAGAACUCCGAAUAUAAAUGCAUAGUGAUUGCUGUCAAAUUAAUCUGCUUUUGGAUGGAGUGAGCAGUUUGAGCUGUGCUGUCAAACCUUGUAAUGGUAGUUUUGUGAUAAGUAUGAAAAAUGUUAAAAUUAAUGAGCAGGACAAAAUUCUCCGUGCUAUUUCUCCUUUCUCUGUUUCAAGUGUUUUUCUUUUUUCAGAUAAAUGUGCAAAGUAAUUUCUUACAAUGAGCCUCUUCCUUAUUCAUAUAGUCAAUGUCUGGAUUAGCUGCUUUUGAUGCUGGAUAUUAUAUAUGGGGUUAAAAAGUAAAUGCCGGAAUAAUGAAGGUCUCACUUUUAUGAUAGGGACUAGUAAACUGAAAAGAUGAAACUUAUAAGAGUUGAGUUCUUUUGUUUGAAGAGAACAGGUUGACUCUUUUUGUAUCCAUUAGUCUAUCAGAACAUUUUCAAGUGCAUAUUUUCCAAGUUGAACAGCUCACCAAUGUUUGUGCUAAAGUAUGUGUCUCAUAUGCAUAAGUAGGUUCCUCAUCAGAUCAGAAGCUAGUUUACGUGCAGUAGCCAUUCCCCACAGGGCUCUGAAUUAUAACUUUCUCCCGUAAAUUAAAGCUACUACAUGGUGCCGUCUUAGGACAUCUUACUGGAGGAAAAAUCCACGCACAUCACCAUACAUAGCUUUUCUCUAGAUAUUGAGCUAAGAUGCUGAUUGAACGGAAAGACUUUUAUAAUAUGGUUUGGAUACACUGCUGGUUAACAAAGUGAUGCUCUAGGUUUCCUCUAAUUGGAGCAACAAAGAAUAGAAACUUAUUUUUUAUUUGCAGCUGAUUGUUGUCCUGUAUGGUUUGAUGUCUAAGUAUCAGAAGAACACGUCUGGACUUAUGUUUGUUCUUCUGGGUUUUAACGUAUCAGCUUGUUUUUUCCACGGUGCCACCUAAGUAGAGAUGAUUCUUGGAUAUGAAUAUUCAUUCUUUAUGAACCGAGGUUCCUACUUCCUACAUAUUGCUUCCACGCGUAUGAGUGUGCCUAUGGCUAAAAGCCACACUCCCAUUCAUUAAACCAUGGAUUCUCCUCAGUCAAUUGAGGCCUGUGCCAAGAAAGAACCUCAUACAACUGUCCAGGAAGAGAGAACUUUGAAGAAACUAGCCCGAGCUCAGUGGCUUCGAGCAGCUAUACUUGGAGCAAAUGAUCGAUUGCUUUCCACCAUGACCUUGAUGCUCGGUGUGGGUGCAGCUAAAGAUCAAGAUCAACAGUCUAUGGUACUUUCUGGAGUAGCUGGAGCUCUUGCAGGUGCCUGUAGCAUGGCUGUCGGAGAGUUUGUCUCUGUAUCAACUCAACUAGACAUUGCAAAGUCCAUUGCUGACAACUGUAGAUUGGACAACGAGUUCAAAGGCGAAGAUAAGAUUCAAAUAGUUUGCAGUAAUCCAAUAGUCGCGGAAAACAAGCAAGGUGGGAAGUUGCUAUAUGAAUCACCUGUACAAAUACAGUCCAAUUCUUUGACACCUGCAAGAUCUCCUAUGACAAAAGUUAUGGAAAUCGAUGCAAGAAGAACCAUGAUGGGGAAGUCAACAGAAGGCGAUGACAGAAAAUUAAAGCCACUGCCUAGUCCAUUGAAAGCUGCUGCAGCAUCAUCUCUGGCGUUUCUCUGUGGAGCAUUUGUUCCUUUGGUGCCAGCUCUGUUGGUGAGUGAAAAAAGAAUCAGAAUUGGUGUGAUGGUGAUUGUAGCAUCCUUUGCUCUGUGUUUAUUUGGGGGUAUUGGAGCUUAUCUUGGUGGUUCAUCUUAAAAUAUCUGCUAUGAGAGUUUUACUUGGAUGGUGGAUUUCAAUGGCAAUCACAUAUGGUUUACUUAAGCCCUUUGAUAAUGAUUCAAAGAGAGAUAAAUGAUGAUUAGUGAACGUUUGAACAAUAUUCUAGGUUGAAAAAAGGAAUAAUAUCUAGGUUGUAGUUGAAAAGUAUUCUAGGCUGUAGGUGAAAAAAAAUUGUGAAAGUUAUGGUUGUGUUUAUGCAUAAACUUCACUUAGGUAAGAGGUCGAAGAUUAAUGAGUAGAAAUCAUAUGUUACUCCUCUUCAUAUUACUAUUUUUCCUUUUCUUUUAAUUUGUUUGUAUUUCUUGAAUGAAGACAACAUCUUAUUAAACAAUAAACAAGAACAACAGCAUAUCUAGU